AGAUUUUCUCUCUCUUCCAUCAUUCUCUUUCUAAAACCAAUUUCUCUUCCAUCAUGCUCACAAUCGCCCUAAUUCCCCCAAAUCUCAACCGGAUUUUCUCUCUCUUCCGUCAUUCUCUUGCUAAACUUUGAGCUCAGUCUCAUCAGCAAUGGCGCCUCUUUCAUCUCUACAUUCUCAUCUUCACAAUAUUCCAUCUUCACCUGUUGUUCCUCACAUUACAGGAUCCAAGAAACCCCAUCAUCAAAAUCUCAUCUUUUGCAAGACCCAUCAACAACAUCAAGAUUUAUGCUUAAAUGUUGAAGAUGGAUCUCUAAAAGUUCAAAGAAGAGGUCUUUUGAUGCACACUGUAUUUGGUUCAUUAUUUGCACCUGCAAUGGUUCCACUUGCACUUGCAGAAGAAGCUGUUCCAGAGGGUUACCAAAUCUACACCAUUUUUUUUGUGGGUGUUUGA